AUGGUCGCGACUACGAGAAGACGCGCUCGAGCACGUGCGGCGACAUUGACGUCGGGAUGUGAGCCCGCUUGCAUCGAGAAGCUCAACGACGAGCUUCUUCUGCACAUAUUCGACAUCUUGAAACAUGAUUCGAAGCCUGCCUUGCUUGCAGCAACCGUGGUGUGCUCUAGAUGGCAUGCACUAGCACAGAGAGUCAUCGACGGUGAUGUAGGCCCAAUCACUAUCGGUCCCAAGACGGCAGAUCGAAAUGUGAAGCUUUUCGGGCGUAUGAAACGUGACCGGAGCUUUCGACAACGCAUCAUUCGCAUUUCCAUCAAAGAAUGGUGUCUGCGUGACAUGAACUAUCAAUUCCCAGAUGUCCUUCCUUACACCUUAAUGCGCGAGGACCCGUACCGCACGGAUGGGUACUUUUCUCGUACAUGGUCGGAUACCGCACGACAAAAGGACCCGACCUGGCAACAGAUGCAGAAAUUGAUAGAUGCUGUGACAACACUAUCGAUUUCUACCUUCACAUGGAGCGCGACUCCUUGCAUGCCGCGGCCACUUGCACAAGCCCUUGCUCGGAAUGGACAAUGCAGCGUACGGAUCCUUGAUAGUCGUCUGGUAGAGGAGUACAUGGAGUUCUCUUAUGCCCCAUUCCUCAACCAUUGGUGCAUCGCAAGCCUUGGAAUUGUAUCAACAACUCUCACGAGCUUAUGCGUGGUGAUAACGGCUGCGGAUACCGAGCUGCUCCUUGGACUUGGACGUCUGAUAUGGACAACAAACAAGCUGAGAGAACUUCGCAUCAGAUGUAUCGGAUGCAUGUUCUAUUCGAGGACAAUCCCCUACGCGCUGAGUCAAACGCCAUUCGGGAGCUUUACGAGGGUGACAGAUGUCAUCUGGCUACUCAGACCAUCGACCAUGGAUUCAGAUAAUCUCCUAAGAUUGUCAACCCUAGAGCUCUCAAAUGUGUGCGUCUGCGCAGACACCGCAAUCCCAACUUGGGUCGAGCAAGUAGACUGGAAUCGACUCGAUAGCCUCACGAUAACGUGUGUCACUCUAUUGGAGAAGAUUUCCUGCAGGGCUCAACGGCUUACUUCGCUGACGCUGACCUGUCCUUCCGGCCGCGAUUGCGAAUUCACAACGUGCACAUCCGCCGCCACGGCACAGUACACGGGCACUUUGCUGGAGAGUUUGACAUGUCUGCGUCACCUAGAACUCAUAAACAGCACCGAGUCAGUCACUCCCAGCCUUCUUCGGAGCAUUGGCGGUGACCUGCGAAGCCUGACGGUUCACGAAAGGACGCCUAAAUACCGACCCGAUCGUGUCAGACCUUUGCUAUCGAGCGAGGUAUUUCACUCCAUGAAAUCUUUCUGUACAAAGCUGUCAUGCCUAGCGAUCGAUGUACCAUUCAGUGAUAUACCAUAUCUACGCUUUAUCUAUGAUGUAGCGAGCGUCGUGCCCACACUCAAAUUCCUGUCUGUGUACCGCGACAUCGAAGUACGCGAAUCGGACAUCUUUGAUCCCCCUCGCAGCGCAGUAACGAAUUCAACUGUGCAAAACGACUUCAUCCAUUUGAAAGAGCGAAGACAAUCGCUCGCCCGAUUUGAUGUGCGACUUACAUCAAUGCCACCAUUUUACUUGGACAAGCUGCGAUUCGAACGCGGCAAUCCUUUUGCGCUCCUGCAGAGGCACCUUGCAGUCGAGCCUGCGGGGAAUAGCUUCGAAGACGGGCAACUGGCCUUACAAACUCGAAGCAUAGAUGCAGAGCGGGCGGCUGAAGCUGUGAAAGUUGGGGCGAGCGGCCCGGUAGUAGGAUAUUGGGAAUCCGCCUUAUCGCUACACAACGAACAGGCGGAAAAUGCCUUCGACUUCUAUUGGAAGCCACCACAACCCUAUUGA